AUGUCCACCAUCAAGCUUGGUCUCUACCUUGUUCUACUCGUCUUUUCCCACAACCUGCUCCCAAGUCGAGUCACUCGUGCCUACGGAGAUAAGGAGAAAGAUCUACUUCAUGACAUCAACGUUUACAGAAAACUUCAGAACCUUCCUGUUCUUGAGAGAACUAACAAGCCGUCUUGUUUAGCUGAUAAAAUUGCCAACGAUUUAGAAGAUAAAAACUGUGAAGACUUUCGUAACUAUUACCCUACACCUGGUAAAAACGAUAAAAUUCCGAACUUCGAAAAGAGUGUUGAGAAAUGCAAGAUCGACAUCAACACAACAAAAGAGGGUGUGGUUAUGCCUGUUUAUGUGCACAAACUGGACCAAGAUGAUGUGUUUUCUAAUUAUACUAAGAAAAGUCAUUUUACAAAGUAUUUAAAUGAUUCAAAGUAUACAAUUGCAGGAGUUGGUUCUGAUGAUGAUUGGAUGGUUCUUAUCAUUAGUACUAACUCAACUUCUGGAGAUUUUUCUUCUGCUAGUUCUUUGAUUGCUUGGAAGGGUCAUUGGUUGCUGAUGGCUACAUUCUUGAGUGUGUUUGUUUUUCUGUUUUACUAA